CGUCUGCCAAAUGAAUAAAUGUAAAUGUAAAUCCUGUGUGCUGUCAGACGCGCUCUUUCGACCACAACAGCGCUGAAGUCGAACACCUCGCAUUCUCACAAAACGAGUGUAGUUCUUCCAGUUAAAAUAAAAUGAAGUGGUCUAGAUUAAACUCUUGUUGUGGGCAUUGCAAUUUACUUAGCGUUACCAGCGGAAACAUUCAGAUUAGCUAAUGCAUUGUCUUGAAUGAAAUUAAAUUGCUUUGGAUGAGGUGAUAUACGUUUCCUUAUUGUUGAUAAUGGUGGGGUGACUGCUCUCGCCCUUCGCUACAUUGACGAAUUUUAUUGCUUCUAAAUGAAUACUUUAUUUCGACGUAUUUUGCUAAAUUCAAAACCCGGAAGUAGAAGAGCACAACCCCUUUAUGUUGACACUGAUGGUCCACAGCACUCGUCGCACACCGCUGCGUUUAUCUAAAUGACAACAUAGCCGGCCGAACGAUACACACUCAAGCCGCAAGCUAGUCGGGUCAGUGCUUGCGUAGUUAGGUCGCUGUCUAUUUUUUUUCCACAAGCAAGCUUGUUCGGGUCUCGCCCUGCCGUGAUACAGCAUUUUUGGAGGACAAUAUAGACGGUGGAAAUAAGCUAGGAGACAAUGUCGGACAAAAGCGACCUGAAAGCUGAGCUGGAGCGCAAGAAACAGCGCCUGGCCCAGAUUCGUGAGGAGAAAAAGAGAAAGGAAGAGGAGAGGAAAAAGAAAGAGUCAGAGAUGCAGCAGAAGGCAGAGACCGUUCCAGAAGAUUCUGACCUUGACCGCAAGCGAAGGGAGACUGAAGCUCUGUUGCAGAGUAUUGGGAUCUCCCCAGAACCCCCUCUAGUCCCAACCCCUAUGUCUCCUUCUUCGAAAUCAGUGAGCACGCCCAGCGAAGCCGGCAGCCAGGAAUCGGUGGACGGGGGGACAGUUGGAAGAUAUAGGACCCUGCAGUGGGAUACUGACCCCUCUGUUCUCCAGCUGCAGGCUGACUCUGAGCUCGGCCGUAGGAUGCACCGUCUGGGGGCAUCUAAGAUCACACAGGUCGACUUCCUGCCCAAAGAGGUGGUGUCAUACUCCAAGGAGACCCAGACUCCUCUGGCAGCCCAUCAGUCUGAAGAGGAAGAAGAGGAUGAAGAGAUUACUGAGCCCAAACCUGCACCAGAGUCUGACCAGCAGGAGGAGGAGGAAAAGGGAGAGAGUAAGGAAGUCCACCCCAGGGAGCUGACAGAGGAGGAGAAACAGCAGGUUCUUCACUCAGAGGAGUUCCUCAUCUUCUUUGAUCGCACCAUUCGCGUGGUGGAGCGUGCGCUGGCUGAGGAGUCAGACAUCUUCUUUGACUACAGCGGCCGUGAUCUGGAAGACAAGGAGGGUGAUGUUCAGGCUGGAUCCAAUCUGUCCUUCAACCGCUUGUUUUAUGAUGAGCACUGGUCCAAACAUCGAGUGGUCACUUGUCUGGACUGGUCACCACAGUAUCCUGAGUUAAUGGUGGCUUCUUACAACAACAAUGAGGAUGCCCCACAUGAACCAGAUGGGGUCGCGCUUGUUUGGAACAUGAAAUUCAAGAAGACCACACCGGAGUACAUCUUCCACUGCCAGUCCUCAGUGAUGUCGGUUGGAUUUGCCCGAUUUCACCCCAACCUGGUGGUGGGGGGCACCUACUCCGGGCAGAUUGUGCUUUGGGACAACCGCAGCCACAGGAGAACCCCGGUGCAGAGGACGCCUCUGUCUGCUGCCGCACACACUCAUCCAGUAUACUGUGUAAAUGUUGUGGGGACUCAGAAUGCCAAUAACCUGAUCACGGUGUCCACCGAUGGGAAGAUGUGUUCCUGGAGCUUGGACAUGCUCUCCCAACCUCAGGAGAGCAUGGAACUGGUGUACAACAAGUCUAAACCUGUGGCAGUCACGGGCAUGGCUUUCCCCACUGGAGAUGUGAAUAACUACGUGGUGGGGAGUGAAGAAGGUAUGGUGUACACAGCGUCCCGCCAUGGCAGUAAGGCUGGCAUCGGGGAAAUGUUUGAGGGCCAUCAGGGACCUGUCACCGGUAUCAGCUGUCACAAUGCUGUAGGCCCUAUUGACUUCUCUCACCUCUUUGUCACCUCGUCCUUCGACUGGACCGUCAAACUGUGGACCACAAAGCACAACAAGCCUCUCUACUCCUUUGAAGACAAUGCUGACUAUGUGUACGAUGUGAUGUGGUCUCCAGUGCACCCUGCACUCUUUGCUGCUGUGGAUGGAAUGGGACGCCUAGAUCUGUGGAACCUCAACAAUGACACAGAGGUUCCCUCUGCAAGUGUGACCAUUGAGGGUGCUGCUGCCCUGAACCGGGUGAGGUGGGCAUCAGGUGGUAGGGAGGUCGCCGUGGGUGAUUCAGAGGGACGGGUCUGGAUCUACGAUGUAGGAGAGCUGGCGGUGCCCCACACUGAGGAUUGGACUCGCUUUGCCCGGACGCUGGUGGAGAUCCGUGCCAACCGGGGAGAUGGGGAAGAGGAAGGCCCCAUGGAGCUGGCAGCAUAGAGCAGACAGCACUAAGCCGAUGACUGGGCCCCCUCCUUCUCAUAAUUGCACCAGAAAACAGGGUCCCUUAACAGCACACUCAUACGUAGAUUAUCAGUUGCAGCCUCUAAAUAAACAUCCAAGCAUGUGUGAAAUGGAAGUGUGAAAUGUUCUGCAGUUUGUUGUUUAUGUUUCACAAGCAAAUACUAUGGUCACUUGUUAUGUUACUGCUCCAUGUAUUAGUUGUUUCAACCAGCUACCCCAUUGUGGUAGUUCUCCACCCCUCUGUACUUCAGCUGUUAGCUUUAUUCAAUGCCUGAAAACUUGUUGUGAAAUAUUUUCAGAUAGUGCAGCUGCUAGCAGAAUCAUGCAAGGCUUUCAAUGACAAUGUGCAGAUGGGUCACUUGCCCAAUGUAGGUGAGAGAGCCAGAAGUGAUUAGCACUAGUAUCUCACUCUCAGCAUGCUUGUAAGGUGUGUGUAUGUCUGUUUGUACCUCCUGCAGUUUUCUGCAUGAUAAACAUUCCUAGGGAAGUCUUGAAAUAACUGGAAAAUGUUCUUGUGUGCAAUAGGUGCCUCUGUAUUUGUUUUCAUAUGAAUGUUGAUAAAGAGGUGAGAGUAGUCUCUUAUGUGUCUUAAAGCCUGAAGGGGCUUAUUAUUGAGUGUAAGUGGGGCUUUGUUUGUGUUUAACACUUGGCAAUGUAUAACUAAAAUGUAUGUCUAUGUUCCAAAUGAGGUACCAAAAUAGAGUAUUUCAAAAUUGCUCUGUUAUUGAACAGAGAAACAAAUGGUUGAUAUGCCAUGAAACUCAGUAACCCUCUGACUGGACUCUCUCAAGUAUGUUCAAAUGAUAUAAAGUAUCUUCAGCAAGACUUGUGUUUCUUUCUAUGCCCUUCUCUAAAUGGUUUCAAGAAAUUCAGCCUCUGUUUAACUUCCUGGGUAACCCGAAGCACAGUCGAACUCACACAUUCAACUGGACUAAUAAUUCCUUCCCCAAAUGUAUUAUGCCUGAUGCAUUAAAAUAUUUUGCAUAUUAAUCUGCACAUUUUUGUUAAAUUUAAAUAAACCACAGCUUUGCUUCCCAGCACUUGCUUUUCAUAAAUC